AUGGAAGUAUUGGUCUGUGACAGAUUAGAAAAAUGUAGAAACCAGUCCUUCACCGCAGAUGGAUUGAGAAGCACUGCUUCAGGGGACUUUGUAAAAGCAGACAUCACAGCAACUCACCAUAGGGUUUCCGGAGUUCUAGGAACUUUCAACUCCUUGGCUCCCAAAGCCUACAGGAUAAAGACCCAGUCUCUUUUCCUGACUUCCGAGGCCCUUAUCACUAAACUCCCAAUCUCUUUUCCCAUCUUGCCUCCUUCCCCACUACACACCCUUACCAAACCACCCUGUUCUCUCCUCCCUCAAAUUUCCUAUGCCUGUUUAUAA